AUGGCUUCCACGACGUCAACAUCGGUCAUGCAAGACCAAACAGGGAUAUUCUUCGCUCUCCCCCGAGAGUUGCGAGAUCUAAUCUACGAAUUUUACCUGGCCGUUGAAGGUGGGUAUUUUUUUAACCCUGGCACAUCCAGACUUGUAACUGCCGACAACGAAACAAUCGACUUAGCUCUGGCAUAUACGUGCAAGCUUGCGACCAUGGAGAUGCCUAACCUCGGGCUAAAAGUCAACGCAAUCAACUUCUCCACAGUUUUUAGCGACGAGAAACGAAGCACGAUUGGCCGCUUUCAAAGUUUAUGCAAAGCAUACGCAGAUGUCGAACAAGCAAGCUCGGACCGUAUCACGACACUCCUAGGAAACAAUUACGCAACUCUAUCCAGGUAUGGGUUGCACGUCUUCAAUUCUUGUUACGCUACACGCCCUUUCCUUGUGUCAUGGAUCAUGGAAACCCUUGCGCUUCCCUCUCUCGGUAUGCCUCCCGACACUUUCAAACUUGUUUUCGACGGGGAGGUUAUGGAUAACAUAACCUCAAGGGUCCUUGAAGAUGAGGAAUUGACAUCACGGGUCUUCGCGGUAGCCCAAAGAGACGCUGAGUGGCAAGGUGUCUUCGAGAAGUUUGGUACUAGUCGAGAUGUUAUUCCUGGCUCCACCACAUGGCAGCAAAUGAUCGGUAACCGGAGCUACAUCAUGGGCGGAUUCCCUGAAUCUAUGCGUGACAUCACUGAGAGGAAUUCGCCUCUAAUCUCAUGUAACUUCAAAGUUAGAUCAAAUUGGAAUACGGAAGAACUUCGAUCAGAGAGUCGUACAUGGUCGUUAAAUCAGUGGGAGAAGCAAUGGCUCGAUCACCACACCGAAAAGUUCAGCACAGACCCAUUUUUGCCAGAAUGGCUUUCUAUCCGAUUGGAGGAUGUUGUACCUGGAGGUGAUGAUCUGGGAGAGGAGGAAGAGGCGUUGAAUCUCGGAUAUGCCAAACUCAAGGUGUUGAGAUUGCUUGCGCUGCAUAUCAUGGCUGCAUGUUGUUCUGUUGAGCCCGGCUCCUACCUAGGUCUUUCGUAUUCCAGAAUCAUGGCGAUCAUACCUCCUCCCGCGGUACCGAAGGGCUCCAUCAAGCUUCCCAGGGAACUGCGCGACGACAUCUACGAAUGCUAUGUCGCACAGCCCGAAUCACACCAAUAUCAUUCAGAGAGUGGAAAGCUUCGGAACUCAGAUGGUAGUAAAAUAGAAGUGGGCUUUAUGUAUACCUGCAAGCAGAUCGCUGCUGAGAUGAAGGGCGUAGCCCUGCGGUUCAAUACCAUCACAUUCACCGCUACCUUUCACGGCAAUCCGAAAACCGUUAUGAGAGCCACCCGCUUCCACUCUAUGCUGGAAAAAAUGCAUGAGAGAAGGCUGCAGAUGCUAAGCCUUGGUAGUUCCGCCAUUAUCCCCGAGAUUGUGAACAACAUUGAGAUUGGAACGGCUGCAGCUUGCCCCGAGUCUGGAUACUCACUUGCCGCGGUCCCUUCGGUGUUCUUGAUUAUGCACGCACGAACUCCGCACAGUUUGAAAAAGACGGAUCACAAGCCUUGGGAAGUGCUUACUGAAGCAGAGUUGGAUUAUAUGGAUCAUCCUUACCCAUUUGCAUACCCCGGGGCGAGAGGCAGGCGUCAUAAAAGGUGUUUUUCAGCAGCGGCACUUGCUGUCCACUUUCUGAGACGCUUCCCGAAAAACAUGCUGUCCGCAGUGACUAAAAUUCGUCUGUACGAGCUCCACAUGGCAGCGGCGUUUCCUGAAUGCCACGCCAAAGCGCUCAUACCAUUCUGUGUCAGAAACCCCAAGCUCCGCAUCGAGCACCAUGUGGAUCUAUGGUAUAACGUACUAGCUGAUUACCUGUCAUGUGGUGGGUCAAAUAUGAGCUAUCUCUAUCAUGGGCCAUUACGCAUGCAGUAUUCGAUGGUUCGUUCUACGAUCAUCGCCCCCGUGGCCAUUUGGAUAGAAGAGACCUUGACAUUGUCUGCAGCCGGCAUACCUGUCGAUUCGUUUUCGCUUGUGUUUGACAGUAGAUCAGACAUCGUACGAAAAGUUGUCGAUGUGAUGAAAGAAGACGCAACAUGGCAAGCUGCACUGGAAGACAGUUUUCGUCGCAAGUCCAUUGUAGUACCCGCCCCGGGGCCUGGGAAUUACUUCGCAGGAGCUAGGGGAUGCCCGCUUCAUUUUUCCGAUGCCUUUCCUCAGAAGCUGGCGCAUAUUUUGACUGGCAAAUCUUUCAUUCGCUUUUCCGGGAUAGCAGAGGAGAUGCCGCGUGUGGAGGACAUUAUUCGCCAAAACUACGACUGGAACACUCAUAUAGACUGGGUUCAAAGGUGGGGAUCACCGUUGCCGCUGAAGAUUCUAGUCAAUAAUCACGUACGCUAA